UACAGGACGACUCGCCUCCGUCUACCCCGGACAGACAGCAGAAACAGUCGUGUAAAAAGUGCGGGCGCAAGCUAUGCGAGAGAAAAAGAAAAACUAAGCAGAUAGAUAAAAAGCACAGUGAUACAGCUUCAUGUAAGAAAUGUGGUCGCGAGGUGAGGCUGUCCACGAAAAAUCACCGAAGAAAAGGACACCACCACCACCGGGAAAGUAUGAAACGCAAAAGCUCUCACUCUACUAAAAAGUUUGGGCGAACAAUACUUGCCAUCGAGGCAGUUUCACAGACAGAUAUAGUUUUAACGGACACACCCAUAUGGACAAUAUCAAAGACUGAAGUCAGAAGAUCAACCACGUCGGUUUCACGGAUGAGCCUGAAACAAAAAAGAAGUAGAGGUUUGUGUGUCGUCCAAGGAUCACAAGUCGAGGAUCUUGACUUGACUGGACCUGAUAAUUCAAAACUAGAUGGCACUGAUAUAGCGGCGGAUGGACGCCAGCGGUCGUCUAGGCCGGCAGGUCAUAAAGCUUUGAAUGUGGAGGAAAUUCCGGUUCAACCAGAGCCGCAGGAAACUCUACAAGUGAAGGAGACAACCCCGGUGCCGGGGGCGGUGGUGGAUGUGGAUGAGAAGAAACGCUCAAAACAUAAGCGUCACAGUGGGAAACACGGUGGUGGAAAGUCGUCUGUGUCCGGGUCGUCGUCAUCAUCAUCGACCUGCAGUCGCCUGUGCGCCGUGCCGCCGCUCUGCUACGCCGAAUGCGCUAAAGACGCGCCCCGCAAGCGGCAAGACGGCUGCCUGCGCUGCUGGCUCGGCUGCCUGAGCUGCUGCGUGUUCUGCUACGACCUGCUGCUGUUCACGUGCUGCUACCGGCUGUGCGGCGUGACGGAGGGGCCGCCGCCCUACCAGCAGGGCUGCGGGGGGCCGGGGUAUGGGUACUAGGGGAGCAGAUUGGCUAAGGAUGAAGAUUGGCUGAUUUCCUGAAGAAAAUAUUCCUGUGUGUGUGUAUUAUAUAAUCGUUAUAUAUGUGGCGUUAUAACCGUGUUUGUGUGGAGACAAUCUUAUCUAAUGUUAAUUUAUUAAAUAAAAUAUUGAGUUGGUACA